GGCAAACAAAAACUUGCCACAAUGAUUGAUGAUGCAGAAGGUGUCAGUGGUGCGACGCUACUUACCAGGAAGCUAACGGAGGAGAUGUGGUUGAGCCAGGGGCAGACCGCAAGGGGCGUUUUCAAGCGUCUAAAGCUGGACCAGGCAGGGACCAAGCUGUUUAGAAACCGAGAGCUGACGACGUGGGUCUCUUACGUAACCAAGCUGGACCCGAAUAACGCGAACGAAAUGAUGUUCUUGGUGCUAAAACCUCUCUACACCAAGAAAGAGCUUGUGAUGAUGCUCACGGCAGCGAAAAAGGUCGACGAAACGAAGGCGUUUGCCACCAACCUAGAGAAACUUUUGCUGCAAAGCCGAGGAAAGUAA